AUGCAGAUAACGAAACACAGGCACCGCUCAGCGUCCUGCGCGGGUCAGUGGGCGGGUCGCGCCGCCCGCGCCUCCAGCAGUCAGCCGCCAGCUGUCCGCCGAGGCCCCGACAGCCGCGUCUGCAGCAUGGAGCAGCCGCCGCGCGCCGUGCCUUGCAGUUCUCUGUAUAAGCCAGUGAAAUUCUGCACUGCAUUUGUCAUCUUGACGGGGCUAGGACUUCUCCUUGUAUAUGGUCUGAUGCAAUUAACAGCGCUUUCGGCGCCGUCGCCGCUGCAGAGAGCCCCACCGGCAAUGGCGAGGACGACCAGCGGCCCAGUGGAUGGCCUCGCGCAGACCUCAGCCUCGGGCCGGCGCUUCUACAGCUUCGAGGGCCUGCCGUACGCGCAGCCGCCGCUGGGGCCGCUACGCUUCAAGGAUCCGCAGAUCCCGCCUCCUAAGUGGGAGAACACAUUCGCCGCAAAGAGCCCACGUGAGAUCUGUCUGGUCGUCGAAAGAGGAGCUGAGAGGGGAUACGUGGGAGCCGAAGACUGCCUCUAUCUAAACGUCUAUACUCCACAGCUGGAGGGCGACGCGCCGGUCAUGGUGUGGCUGGGUGACGGCAGCUUCGUGUUCCGCGACCCCGUCCCGCGCAGGCCCCGGCUGGGUCGGCUCGUGGACAAGGGCCUAGUCGUCGUCACCGUGGAGUACCGGCGCGGAGUCCUGGGUUUCCUGGGCACUCACGACUCUGGGAAUUACGGCCUGAAGGACCAGGUGGCGGCUCUGCGCUGGGUGCGGGACAACAUAGCGGCCUUCGGCGGAGACCCCGCCAGGGUCACGUUGUUCGGUGUCGGCGCAGGAGCGGCCUCGGUCGGCUUCCACAUGCUGUCUCCGCUUUCCGAAGGCUUGUUUAGCAGAGCCAUCGCCAUGGGCGGCUCUCCGCUGAACCCUUGGGCUUUCAACCACUCUCCCCGGCAUGCCGCUAUGAUCUUCAGCGAGGCUUUACCCAUUGACAGCUCCUGGAAUUACAGCCACGUGGCCGAGGAUUUGCGGACCCUCCCAGUGGGCGAUGUGGUCGCUAGACUGCCAGAGGCUUACCAGGAAUGGUACCCAGAUGUGAUCCAACUGUUUGUGCCAAGCAUCGAACCAGCAUCCUCGGGAGCCUUCAUGAUGGACACGCCAUGGUCGGUGCUGGAACACGGUCUCCCUAACGCUGUGCCCUUCCUCACAGGCAGCACAUCAGCUGAGGGGAAGCAGCUACUGAAAGUGGCCAGGCUGGCUGCACUGCAAGACAACUUCCCGCAGCUCGUGCACCCCGCGCUACGCCGCGCCUCCGAGACCACCUGGCUGCGCGCCGCACCGCUGGUGCGCUCCUUCUACUUCGGCGACGACUCCAUUGGCAGCGCCGCUACCGAGGACGUACUCAACCUGUUAACAGACAUGUUCUACCUGGAAGGUAUCGACCGCAUGGCUAGGAGUGUAGCGGCGCUGUCACCGUACCCUGUAUACUACUACCACUACAGGCACGAGCGCAACAACACCAAAGAUGACACUGGACUUUCAGGUGCCAUGCACGGUGAAGACGCACACGCCAUCCUGUACUCUCCGGAAGAUGACCGAGAAUCAGAUCCAGAUUCUGAGGAGGCGAUAAACGACGUCUGGCUGUCGAUGCUGACAGAUUUCGCAAAGACUGGGGAGCCCUCGGCGACUGUGGGCGUGGCGUGGCCGCCGCACACGGACGACGACCCGGCCUACCUGGAGGUGGGCCGCGAGUUGCAGGCCCGCAGGGACCUGCUGCCCGCCAGGAUGGACUUCUGGAGGAGCGUCCUGCCCAGGCCGGCGCCACCUCAGCUCUGAACCUGAAGCAGUCCUGCGACAAGCGUUCUCUGCACUAUUUAUUUAUUAAUUUAUAUGUUGUACAGUGCUUUGUAAAUAAACCCGUCACUCUUAUCGGUUUAAUAAAUUGGU